GAGUAGUCUCAGAAUCUGUGUUGUUGGCCACCUGUUGCUCCCGCGCCUCUCUCUGUCUCUCUCUAUGUGAGUGGAAGCUGAGGUGUAGAAACACGAUCGGAGCUUUGGCUUCAAGGUCCGAUUCGGUAAUGGCGGAGGUUCUCUAACCCUAUAAGGAAUUGCAUUUCUUUCAUGGUUUGUACGAUUUCUCACCUCUUCUAUUGUCUCGCAUCAAAAUUUUCCCCUAAAUUUAGCCUCUAAUUGCUUAAAAAUACCUACCCUAUUGUUAAAUAAGUUGAGGAACACAGCAAAUAGGCAAGCUUCUGCUGCAAUGGGAGGGUAUGGUGAUGAUGAAUAUGUGUCAGUUGGGGAAGUACCUCUUCCUAGGGCAGAUAACUUCAAGAGAGUUUCAAUGCUGCCCCUUGUCUUCAUCAUAUUCUAUGAGGUUUCUGGGGGACCGUUUGGGGUCGAGGAUGCUGUUGGUGCUGCCGGCCCUCUUCUAGCCCUUCUCGGGUUCUUGGUCUUUCCGUUCAUAUGGAGUAUUCCUGAAGCAUUACUAACUGCGGAGAUGGGUACCAUGUUCCCUGAGAAUGGUGGUUAUGUGGUUUGGGUUUCAGCUGCAUUGGGUCCUUACUGGGGGUUUCAGCAAGGUUGGAUGAAAUGGCUAAGUGGGGUUAUUGAUAAUGCUCUGUACCCGGUUCUAUUCCUUGACUAUUUGAAGUCCGCAAUCCCAGCUUUAGAAGGUGGUUUACCGAGAGUCCUAGCUGUGAUAGCUUUGACCGUUGUUCUCACUUACAUGAACUAUAGGGGUCUAACCAUUGUGGGAUGGGUUGCUGUUCUUUUAGGGAUUUUCUCACUUCUUCCUUUUGUAGUCAUGGGACUUGUGGCAAUUCCAAAGUUGGAGCCUUCCAGAUGGUUAGAGGUAAAUCUACAAGAUGUGGAUUGGAAUUUGUAUUUGAACACUCUGUUUUGGAACCUAAAUUAUUGGGACUCAAUAAGCACGCUUGCUGGCGAGGUGCACAACCCAAAAAGAACUCUUCCAAAGGCUCUGCUUUAUGCUUUGAUAUUGGUAGUUCUUGGGUAUUUCUUCCCCCUUUUAACUGGCACCGGGGCUGUUUCAGUCAACCGUGAGCUGUGGACUGAUGGGUAUUUCUCGGAUAUUGCAAAAAUUAUUGGGGGAGUUUGGUUGAGAUGGUGGGUCCAAGGAGCUGCAGCAAUGUCCAAUAUGGGGAUGUUUGUAGCUGAGAUGAGUAGUGACUCUUUCCAACUUCUAGGAAUGGCAGAACGGGGGAUGCUGCCUGAAUUCUUUGGCAAGAGGUCUCGACAUGGAACUCCUCUUAUAGGGAUUAUAUUCUCAGCUUCUGGUGUGCUUUUGCUAUCGUGGCUGAGCUUCCAAGAGAUUGUUGCUGCAGAGAAUUUCUUGUACUGCUUUGGAAUGAUUUUGGAGUUCAUAGCAUUUGUAUGGUUACGGAUAAAACACCCCAACGCAUCUCGACCUUACAAGAUACCCGUGGGAACAGUUGGAGCCAUUCUUAUGUGUGUUCCUCCAACCAUAUUGAUUUGUGUUGUAUUGGCACUUUCUACACUCAAAGUAUUUCUUAUAAGUAUGGCUGCUGUGGUGAUUGGCCUUGUGAUGCAGCCCUGUCUCAGGUAUGUGGAGAAGAAGAGAUGGAUCAAGUUCUCCAUUAGUUCUGACCUCCCAGAUCUUCAUGCUAAUAAUCAGAACAACAAUGUUUCCUUAUUAGAUUAAUGCACUCCGAUUUAAAUUUAUGCCAGACAAUAUUCGACUCUGAUGGUUUUGAACUGUCAAGAAGACAAGAAGAAGUUCUUAAACCCCAAUGCUCAAGUUGGCAACAAGAAUGCAAAUGCAGCAUUGUACCAAAUUUACUACUCAUUUGCCUAGUUUCUGGUCUUAGCUAUAUGUAGUUUUACUAGCUUUCUAUCAUCAUCUUUGUUUUUUAGACUGGUGAUAGGUGGGAUCAUUCAAAGCUCAGACAUUGGUGAAUGUGUAAGGACAAUGUAAUUUUGGUUUCAGUAAAUUUCUAUGCUUUGCCUUCUCUAA